AUGGGGGUGAUCACUAGACUUCUGCUGCUCCUUGAGCUCUGCGUAUUGGUCUACGUGUCUCGUACAACUGGAGAGAGCGAGGUUGAGGUCGCGCUGGACGCUGCUGGCUCCAUAGUCCACAAGAAUCGGCCAUUGGAGGCUGUUGCAGAAGCUAACAGCGAUCCAGCUGAACAAUCGAGUGUUAAUGAAGCUGAGACUGUUGGUGAAUCAAUGAAGAGUGAUAGUCCUUUCCAUGAGAGCGACGUGGUGCCUUUAAUGACGACGUUGCAGCGGGAGCUGACGGCAGUGGAGCAGAUGGUGAAGCUGCAGGAGAAGAAGCUGCAAGUCCUGCGAGAGAUGCGCAGUGUUUGGCUGCAGGAGACGCAGUUGCCUCAGGACGAGGAGAUGCCAAAGAGAAGGAGACAAGUGGACAUAGUCGAGCUCAUUGAGAGAAGACUGGACGCUGCAAUCGCGGAGACAUUAACAAAAUCGACGACCAGUGCCUUUGACACGCACUUUGUCGAGAAAUCAACAAUAACUUUAGAGGGGGAGGUGGUAGAUAUGAAGAUGAAAGUCUUGGGGGCAGUAGAGCUGAUUGCAGUGGCGUACAGAAGCGGUAUAGCGGUUUUCUAUUCGGAAGUGGAGGAAUUAUUGAGAAUUGAUACAGAGAAGCAAGGGAUCGAGAGAAUUGCACUCGAAUUUCAAGAAGAUCAACCGUGUCUUGUAGUGAUGUACGAGACUCCAGAGAUCGCGGUAUACGAGCUAAAACUCGUUACCAGGAGCACAAGCUAUGAUGCCCAAGAACCAAAAAUCACUGUUGCAGUUGUACCUGAAUUGAUGCUGAGUGUCAAGGAAUCUCGCAUUCUCCAAUUACCAAAGAAGGCUUCUGCAUUAGCUAUUGCGAAAUCUUCUCGUCAACUGGUGAUGGCAGUCUCUCAAGUCGACGGAAUUAUCAAUUUUCUUGCGCUUAAUGGGACGAAUUUUCGUCAACUACAGACAAACGCCUCGAUCUCAGCGAUGGAGACGAGAAGAAACCUCUUAGCGUUCAGCACCAACACAGACGUUGUCAUUUCCUCAGUGACCCGCGCACAAGGCUCCGUCUUCCACAUUUGUCCAGGAUCGUCGGCGAAAGUAUCGUCCAUCACAUUUGACGCCAUGGUGCCUGAAAUCAUGUACAUUGGCACUCAACGAGGAGAGAUCCUUGUGUACGCAGUAAACGCCGGUGCUCCUGCUGAAGCACAGGCCUGUCGCCUUUUAUCUCGAUCGUUUAUCACAAAAACCUCUCAAGACACGGCCCCAGUAGUACUUGCCACUACGAAGACGUAUAUUAUCGCGGCAACACCACAAAAUAUCGGUGUCUUUAACGUAUCCAAGACGCAGCGAGAUGGUGCUUUUCUCUCUAAAAUUUGCUCAAUCAAGCGGAUGAAUCCAACUGAGAACCAUCAACUAAGUCUUCCUAUAAUGGCAUUUUCCCAGGGAACUUUGGGGUCCUAUCUCGCCAUCAUUAACGGCCAAGACAAACUUACUUUAUAUCAUUGUCUUCUUCCCGACGUAAGAGAGCCAUCCGAUCUCCAUUGGACAGUGUAUCUUUAUGCUAUCAUUGCUAUUGUUGCUGUUAUCGGCUCUCAGCUAUUUAUUCGGUGGCAACGACGAUCCAGUGUGAAUCCUUGGGAUUCAAUUGGUAAACCACGUGAUUCACCUUACGAGAAAUACGGUGAUUUAAAAGAUGACGACGAUGAAUUCGACGGCGAUUUUGGUCAAUACAGUUAUCUCAGUGACGAGUUGCGAAACAGAAUUGCACAGGAGAAAAAAGGAUCGACUCGCACAGAGGAGGAUGUUGACUACUAG